AUGAAAGAAGGAAACGUGGCGUUGUCCUUUGGGUUGGUGCUUGCUGCAGGCAUGUGCACUUCGCUUGGGGCAGCCGUUGCAUUUGUAGUGAACGUGGAGAACAAGACAUUUCUUGCAAUAUCUUUGGCACUAUCUGCAGGCAUUAUGACAUAUGUGUCUAUGGUGGAGAUUUUCACAAAGUCAGUCGUCGCCUUCAGGUUUGAACAACAGUUGAUGACGAAUUGCACAAGGCUGAAACUUUUAUACAGUGACGAAUGGGGAGGUGUGACAAGGACCAAGAAGAAGAGUCUCUGUCUCGGAGACGGCACCCUGACCCAGCCGCACUUCUUGAGCUGCAGUCGACAGGUCGAACGCACCCAUCAAGAAGCUUUCAUGCCAGUAUGUAUUCUUGCUGGCCUGGCUGUUGCGAUCCACAAUUUCCCGGAAGGACUAGCGACGUUUGAUUCUUCUGUUGGGGUUACCAUCUGUGUGGCAAUAGCGAUACACAACAUCCCCGAGGGUAUUUGCGUUGCUAUGCCAAUCUAUCAUGCGACCAAGUCUCGAUUGAAAGGCUUCAUAUGGGCGACGAUCAGCGGACUCAGUGAGCCUCUUGGCGCUGUGGUGGGCUACCUUGCCGUGAAAGACAAUAUCAACAACGUAUCGUAUGGAGCGAUGUUUGCUCUAGUAGCUGGGAUGAUGGUCUUCAUCUCGUUGGCCGAGCUCCUGCCAUCGGCCUAUCGACAUGACGUGAAUCAUGCGAUCGUCACUUCAUCUUGGGUUCUUGGAAUGUUGAUCAUGGCCUUAUCCUUGGUCGCCUUCAAUCUUUAG